GCUCCGUACGGACGCUAAUCGCCAAGUUUCGCAACUUGGUCAAACGUAAAUAACUUAAAAUAUAAAGUGAAAAUUAUAAUAUUUAGUUUUAUAAUAAUCAUAAUUGCAAGCUUUUGUGCGGCUAAACUAACAGGCACAACGAGUGUAAAGUAAAAAUUGAAUUGUACUUUGAGUUCGGGUUAUUUCGUGUCCGUUCGGUUUCUGUCGCACUCUUUUAAAUCGUUAUAACGCAUUUGAUGUUAUUUAAACUUUAUUAUGACAUCGAAAAGUAAAAAGAUCUUAGAAGACAUACAUCCUUUACACAUAAUACGGGAAGUUCAAAAAUGGCCCCCUUUGUACGUAAAAGAUAGUCCCGAACGUGCAAAUUUGCAUAUCAAGAACAAAAUUUGGAAAGAAAUCGCAAAGCAACUGUUUAAUGACUGGGAUUCGUACGGUGAUAGCGAAAAGGAAUCCAAAGUUUCAGAUCUUAUAAAAAAAUGGCGUAAUCUCCGCGACACGUUCAAACGACAACUGGCAAAUGAGAAGAAGGUGCGACAAGGUUACAAUAUAAAGAAAAAAACGUACGUUUAUUUCAAGCACAUGCUUUUCUUACUGCCUCAUGUUUCAUCGUCUGAAAAUGAAGCGUCCGAUUCGGUUGUGGAACCCAAACUCAAUGAAUAUUUUAAUAAGCGGGAAAAGAGAAAAGCGACCUUGAAGAAUAAGGAUGAAGAAAAAGUUAAGAGAAAAAAGUUUGCAUCUCCAACACUAUCCGAAUCCGUCGAACAGGAAGAAAUUGACGAAGAUAGGCAUUUCCUUAUGUCUCUCGUACCAUCAUUUCGAAAGAUGAGCGAUGACGAAAAGCUAUCAGCUAAAGUGAGGAUUUUGAAGGUGAUCAAGGAUAUCCGGAGAAAAUCCAAUUCAUUGGAUUGUAUUCCUGUAGCGGACACUCUAUUAUAUAACUUUGAAGAUGCAGAUAUCGGGGAGAUUAAAGUUGAAAUGCUCCAAAAUGAAGCUAAUGAAACGCCGUCAAACGAUUCUGAUUCUGACGAUAGUGAAAAUUCUGAUUAGGUCAUUAGUUUUUCUACUGAAAUUGUAUACAUCUUAUUUUAGUUGACAUCAAAAUCAAUCAAUCAACAGCCAAUCGUUGUCCACUGCUGAACAUAGGCCUCUCCCAGGGUGCGCCAAAGCUCCCUGUCCUCCGCCUUCCGCAUCCAGUUGGUGCCCGCUACCUUUUUAAGGUCGUCGGUCGUUGUUGACACAUGUCAAUUGCAAUAAUUGAAACUCUAUGAUAGAGUUAAAUUUCUGAAAGAAAAAAUCUUUAGAAGAUAAUAAACGAAUUUCUAAAGUAAUUAUGGCUGAAUUUAAUAUAGGCGACCUAUAUGACUGUAACUUAAGACGCGCCACUUCAGGUUUGUAACUAGUUUUAUUAAGACAAUAGCAACGCUAUUUCAAAUAACAAGAGUAUAAUUAACCUUAAUAAAGUAAUUGUUAUCAUUGAGUUUUAAUUAUUAUUCGCAAAACUGUUAAAUCUAAAUUGUUGAUUGAGUAGCAAAUUUAUAAACUGUCUAUUACG